UAUCUAAUUUUUUUUUCCUCCUUUCCCUUGUUCUCUCACGUACCACUAGCACAAAAUAUGAAGAACAUAAUUGCAAUAACCAUCCUCAUAAUCCUAAACCUAACGAUAGUUUCAGCAUCAAAUGAUGAUAGAAACAACUACUACGAUAUAGUAACCCUUGGUGCUAAACCUAACUCGAAAUCCGACUCAUCGAAAGCAUUAAAGAUGGCUUGGGAUAUGGCAUGUGAUUCACCAGGACAGUCCACCAUUAAUAUCCCGGAAGGCCGAUUUAAUAUUCGAAAACCCCUCAAACUUGAUGGUAAAGGGUGUCUUAGUAGUAGGAUUGAUGUUAUUAUUAACGGCACAAUCGUAGCCCCGUCUGAUUUUCAUGUGCUCCAAGACUCUGGGACAUUGGUGUUAUUCCAUGAUGUUGACGGUGUUACUGUUACUGGUGGGCUAUUUGAUGGGAGAGGAGCUAAAUUAUGGGCAUGUAAGCGAUCAGGGAAUGACGAUUGCCCUCGUGGUGUCACGACGCUAGCAUUCAGAAAUUCAAGGAAUAUUGAAAUAAAUGGAAUUACUUCACUAGAUAGCCAAUUGUAUCACAUCGUUAUCAGCGGAUCUCAGAAUGUGAGAGUACAAGGAGUCACGAUUUCUGCUUCAGGUCAAAGCCCUAACACUGAUGGUAUUCAUGUGCAAUCAUCAACCGAUGUUACAAUAUUAAGCUCGGACAUUGCUACUGGGGAUGAUUGUAUCUCAAUCGGACAAGGAACUAGAAACUUGUGGAUACAAGAUAUCACAUGCGGCCCAGGACAUGGUAUUAGCAUAGGAAGCUUAGGAAAAGAUUUACACGAGUCAAGAGUGCAAAAUGUUACAGUCAUAACGUCUACUUUUACUAAUACGGAAAAUGGGGUGAGAAUCAAGUCAUGGGGAAGGCCAAGUGACGGGUCUGUUAGCAACGUUCUCUUCCAACAUCUUACUAUGGAGAAUGUACGGAAUCCUAUCAUCAUUGACCAGAAAUAUUGUCCUAGUCAUAAAGAUUGCCCAGGAGAUGUUUCUGGUAUAAGAGUUAGUGAUGUGACUUAUGAAGAUAUCCAUGGAUCAUCAGCAACACCUAUCGCUGUGAAAUUUGAUUGCAGUUCCAAGCACUACUGUUCGGGUAUAAAACUGCACGACAUCCAUUUAACUCACAAAAAUAAACGGGCUUCGGCAUUUUGUAGCAAUUGUGAGGGAUCUACCUAUGGAGUAGUUCAACCUAAAAGUUGCUUGAUUGAAGUAAAUAAUUAGGACUUUUAUUUUUCAGUUUUCACACACAUCGGACUUCAUAAUUAUAUAUUUUUUGUUGCGUGAAACAUACUACAUGCAUUAUGAUUUGAGUUAGUUUUAUUUUGUUAUAUACUUCUUUGCUCUA